AAAAGUCAUGGCUGUCAUUGAAGAAAUUGUCGAGGAACCCAUUGUCGAGAUUCCUCAAGCCGAAGCACCUAAAGAGGUUGUAGACCUUCCUAAACCAGUACCUCAUCCUGAUCAGGAUGGCGAUAUAUUUUUUGAAACCGAAGAGUAUCCAGCAGAAGAGUUAAAAGAGCUGAUUAGACAGUCUAUGGAAUACAAGGCCAAGGGAAACGCAUUUUUUGGGCAGGGAGAGUAUAAGAAAGCUAUUGACGAAUACGAGAAUGCCUUAAUGACAUGUCCCGAGUCAGUGUAUAAAGAACGAGCUAUUUAUUUUGGAAAUAUUGCAGCGUGUCAUUUAAAACAGAAUGAACUUAAAGAAGCUCGGGAUAUGUGUUCCCAGGCACUUAUUUUGGAUCCAAAGUAUACAAAGGCUUUACUUCGCAGGGCUCAGGCCAACGAGAAAAUAGGCACAUCCACUGCCAUGACAGAAUCCCUAGAGGACUUCAAGAAAUUAAAGCAAUCCACAAGCGAUGCAUAUACCCUUCGUGAAUGUCGACGAGCAGAAAAUGAAUUACCAAAGAAAAUCAAGGAAAAAAUGGAAGCUGAAAAAGAGGAAAUGAUGGGGAAAUUAAAGGAUUUGGGAAACACUUUGUUGGGUAAAUUUGGUCUUUCAACAGACAAUUUUCAGUUGCAGCAAGAUCCUGCAGGAAGUGGUGGCUACAGCAUGAAUUUUGUCAAUUCUCCCUCUAAAUAAAACCUGCCUUUGUAAAAUUAAAAAGAGAGAGAGAGAAAAAAAAAAAGCUGUUUAUUAAAAAAAUU